UCCGGCACUGAGCCCAACACCUGCCGUUAAUACACCUGUCCCGGCACGGCCGAACUUCGCAACACGUCCUUCCUGGAUUGGUCCACCCCGACCUGACCGUCCGGUGACCCCGGGUGUGCCGGCCAUGAAGCAACCCGUUACCGUAGAGUAUGCCUCACCAGGCCUGCAGCCGCCCGUCUAUGUCUUCACGAGUCUCAGCGACCCGCAAUGGAGCGAAGUGGAAAUGGAACAGGAGAAAAAGGACGACGGCGAGUACCGCUUCUCUCAGACCUUUGCAGCCGAAGAAGGCGAGUAUCAAUAUAAGUUCAGGCUUGGACCGGGCGAUUGGUGGGCUUUGGAUGAUACCAAGCCUAGCGUGGACGACGGCAUGGGCAAUAAGAACAAUUUAUUGACAGUGAAAGCGCCGGCACCCGUCCAAGCAGCUCUGGCCGAGAAGGGCACAGGGCCGAAUGACCGACUGAAGGCGCCGGCAACUGUGCAACCCGAAGCCACUGCACCGGUAACGUUGCCUCGAAAUUUCGAGCAGUCUGCGCCAGCUGCACCAACACCCGCACAAGCACCGGAUGCACAACCAAAGGCAGAUCGUCCUACUGCCAUCCAGCUACCGACAGCGGUGGCGCAGCCGGAGACUGUGGCUACUCCUGCACCUGCACCGCUCAUGCCACACGAAGAAGCUUCGGCAUCCGCUGGCGAGCCUCCGAAGUUCAUCAGAGUGCCAGAUGUGACCGUGACCACCUCGUCCACACUUGCGCAACAAGGACCGGUGACACCUGCUCCUGCACCGCUGAUGAAGCAUGAGUCUUUCUUUCCACAGUCCGCGGGUAGAGACCAGGAUGAUCAGGACGAGUGGGACGUCGAUCAUGGCGACGAGGAUCUGAAACAUGCGGCCCAGAGCGCGAAAGUUACCGAGCACCCGGUCAAGGAGGAUAGACUGCCUGGCGCGAGGCAAGCCCAGCAGGAGAAGCAAGAAGAGAAGGAGGAGGAGGAGGAGGAGGAGGAGGAGGAGGAGGGGGAUGAUGACGACGAUGUCCAUCUUGACAGUCCUCUUCUGCGACACGAAUCUAUGACUCCAGAUGCCAUCGAGCAGACACAAGCACCACUCAUGCGACACAAGUCGUCUGCCAUAGGCGAACACCUCGAUGAGCCGAAUCAUUACACGCGGUCAAGCGAGGAAAACCUUGUGGCCGAAGAAGCAGAUCCAAACGACCCAUCCCUCGAGAAGUUUCCGACAGACCAAGCUGGCAUCUACCAGCACAUACAGCGGUCUUGCACUGAACUCGACGCUGAUGAAGGCGAGAAAGACCACGCCAGAGUCAACUCGCCUUCAUCGCGCACCCAAUCGCUACCGAGCGUGCAAGAAGACGAUGAAGACGAUGAUCCUGACCAAGUGCGAGAGCAAGGGGGACCAGCGGCCACGAAAGAGACCGCCGGCGAACAAGUCGGCCCAGUGGCGUCAGAAGUGCCAGUCGUGAUGGUAACGAAGCCGCAGGAGCCUCGACCAAGAGCGCCGAUGACUCCGCCGAUGACCCCCAAAGAGAUCGAGACGGAGACCGAGCGCGUCGCCGAGGAGAUUGUGGAGCUUGCAAUCGUUGGAAAGGCUGUCGAGGAGACUGUAGCGCAGGCUACGGGCGAGCAAACCGAGAAGGAUGAGACUCAGGAGGCCACUUUGCCAGGGUCCACGAAGCAGGCUGAUACCGCGAAGCCGGCGCCUUCUGUUCUCCUGCACCCAAUGGUCCUGUAAGUCUUGAUGUUCGUGAGCUCAUGCUUGGGGUGAUGCUAACAUAAGUGACAGGC